AUCACGUGACAUGUACCGGAAACCCGGAAGUGAAUCGGGAUUGGGGCUUUAGUUGACGGACGGCCGCGGUGGUCUCUGUCAACUCCAUAAAGAUGUGCGCCUUUAAGGGGCGUGGCUUAAUGAGUGAAGGAGUUGGAGUCCAGAUGGAAACCUCAGUGUGACCGUCGGGAUGUGAAGUGUGUGCGCCGGGAGCCUCUCUUUGGUUUUAUUUUGUAUUUUUUGUGUGAACUUUUUUUUUCGAGUAGCCAUCCACAAUGACGGCCAUCAAGCACGCCCUCCAGAGGGACAUCUUCACGCCCAACGACGAGCGUCUGCUGGGCAUCGUCAACGUCUGCAAGGCGGGGAAGAAGAAAAAGAAUUGCUUUUUGUGCGCCACGGUCACCACCGAGCGGCCCGUGCAGGUCAAAGUGGUCAAAGUGAAAAAGUCCGACAAAGGAGACUUUUACAAACGACAGCUGACGUGGGAACUGCGCGAUCUGACCGAAGUGGACGCCAAAGAUGCGAGCAAGGAGAACCCGGAGUUCGACCUUCACUUUGAGAAGGUCUACCGCUGGGUGGCCAGCAGCACGGCAGAGAAGAACUCGUUCAUCUCGUGCAUUUGGAAACUGAACCAGCGCUACCUGAGGAAGAAGGUCGAGUUUGUCAAUGUCAGUUCUCAGCUCCUGGAAGAGUCGGUGCCCAGCGGCGAGAGCCAGAGUGUCGCCGGCGGGGACGAGGACGCUCUGGACGACUACCAGGAACUGAGCGCCCGUGAGGAGCAGGACAUCGAGGGCAUGAUGGAGGUGUGCGAGUACGCCAUAUCCAACGCCGAAGCCUUUGCCGAGCAGCUUUCCCGGGAGCUGCAAGUCCUCGAUGGGGCCAACAUCCAGUCCAUCAUGGCAUCGGAGAAGCAGGUCAACAUCCUGAUGCAGCUGCUGGACGAGGCUCUGGGUGAGGUGGACACCAUCGAGGGCAAGCUGAGCAGCUACGAGGAGAUGCUGCAGAGCGUCAAGGACCAGAUGGACCAAAUCUCGCAGAGCAACCGCCUCAUCCAGAUCAGCAACACCAACAACGGCAAGCUGCUGGACGAGAUCCAGUUCCUUGUGCACAACAUGGACCUGUCCAAGGGCCACAUCCGAGCCCUACAAGAUGGAGAUCUCACCACUCCCAAAGGCAUCGAGGCUUGCAUCAACGCUGCCGAAGCCCUUUUGCAGUGCAUGAACGUGGCCCUCCUUCCAGGCCACGACAAGUUGAUGGCCGUGAAGCAGCAGCAGCACCUGUUCACCGAUCUGAGGGACACGUUUGCCCGCCGACUCACUAAUCAUCUCAACAACGUGUUUGUGCACCAGGGCCACGACCAGAGCUCCACUUUGUCCCAGCACACAAUGGAGCUGACCCUGCCCAAGCACAGCCCCCUCCACCGGGAUCUGCUGCGCUACGCCAAGCUCAUGGAGUGGCUGAAGGUCACCCACCGGGAGAAGUACGAGGGCCUAUCAAGGACCUACGUGGACUACAUGAGCCGACUGUACGAACGAGAAAUCAAAGACUUCUUUGAGAUUGCCAAAAUCAAGAUGGCGGGCACGAGCAAAGAGGCGAAGGGCAAGUUCGCCACGCUUCCGCGGAAAGAGAGCGCACUCAAACAGGAAACGGAAAACACCUCCAUAUUGAAAUCAGGCCUUCACAGCAGCUCCGGAAAGCUGACGGGCUCCACGUCCAGCCUCAACAAGCUGAGCGUGCAGGGUUCGAACAGCCGGCGGUCGCAGUCGUCCUCGCUGUUGGACAUGGGCAACAUGUCGGCGUCCGACCUGGACGUGGCCGACCGCACCAAGUUCGACAAGAUUUUCGAGCAGGUCCUAAGUGAGCUGGAGCCUCUGUGCCUCGCGGAACAAGAUUUCAUCAGCAAGUUCUUCAAGCUGCAGCAGCACCCAACCUUCUUUCCUCCUCUCGCUCAGCCUGAAGCGCAGGAGUCCGACGGCAACUUGCCCUCAAGGAUGCCUCCCCAGGCGGAACACAGACACUCCUUGUCAUCGGACAAAGACAUGGUGCGGCUGAUGAUGAAUAAAGUCUUCCAGAGCAUCGAGCCGGAGCUCAACAGCCUCAUCGCUCUGGGCGACAAGAUGGACAGCUUCCACUCGCUGUACAUGCUGGUGAAGAUGAGCCACCACGUGUGGACGGCCGAGAACGUGGACCCGGCCUCCUUCCUCAGCACCACGCUGGGGAACGUGCUGGUCACCGUCAAGAGGAACUUUGACAAAUGCAUUUCUGGCCAGAUCAGACUGAUGGAAGAAGUGAAAAUUUCCAAGAAGAGCAAAGUCGGCAUCCUGCCUUUCGUCACCGGCUUUGAGGAGUUUGCCGAGCUGGCCGAGACCAUCUUCCGAAACGCGGAACGUCGCGGCGACCUCGACAAAGCUUACGUCAAGCUCAUCAGAGCCGUCUUCAUGAACGUGGAGAAAGUGGCCAACGAAAGCCAGAAGACGCCGCGGGACGUGGUGAUGAUGGAGAACUUCCACCACAUCUUCUCCACCCUGUCAGGGCUGAAGAUCUCCUGCCUGGACGCGGAGAGACGCGAGGCCAAGCACAAAUACACGGACCACCUGCAGUCCUACGUCAUUAACUCUCUGGGCCAGCCUCUGGAAAAGCUCAACCAUUUCUUCGAGGGCGUGGAAGCCCGCGUGGCGCAGGGGGUCCGCGAGGAGGAGGUGAGCUACCAGCUGGCGUUCAACAAGCAGGAGCUCCGAAAGGUCAUCAAAGAGUACCCCGGAAAAGAGGUCAAGAAGGGACUGGACAACCUCUACAAGAAGGUGGACAAACACUUGUGUGAAGAGGAAAGCUUGCUACAGGUGGUGUGGCACUCCACGCAAGACGAGUUCAUCCGGCAGUACAAGCACUUCGAAGACCUGAUCGGCCGAUGCUACCCCGGCUCUGGAAUCACCAUGGAGUUCACCAUUCAGGACAUGCUGGAGUAUUUCUCCAGCAUCGCUCAGUCCCAUUAGCCCUGUUGACAGUGACUCACUAGUGACACGCUCUGGAUAAAAAGAUGUAUUCAUUCGUCCAUCCCAUUUUUUUUUUUUUUUUUUUUUUUUACUGCGUUUUUAUUCUAACAUGUUUUUGGACUCAGAGGAAAAACCCAUUUGAGCACAGCACGCAAACCCCCACACAGUAAGGCCGGAUCUGAGAUUCAAACUUUGAACUUCAGACCUGCAAGGCGGACGUGCUAAGGCUAAAUUCACACACUGCCUGCGUUUAUUCC